CACUCCGUGUAGUGUUUCUCCAUUUUCUCUGUAAAAUCGAAAGAAAGGAAGGAGACGUGACGCUCAGAACAGCGACCUCAGGCGCAGCGCUCCGAGACGCGCAGAGAAUCCGCAGGAACAUCAACGAUGGCGCUGUCCUCUGUCCUCCAAACUCAUCCAGCGGGAUUCAACUUUGACAAUGUGGCGAGAAAUUCUGCGUUAGAGGGUCUUUUUGAAGGAGGACAGACCCCCAAACCUCUGAAAACUGGAACCACUAUAGCAGGAGUUGUGUUUAAGGAUGGAGUCGUCCUGGGAGCCGACACAAGAGCCACGUCCAGUGAAGUGGUGGCCGACAAGAUGUGUGCAAAGAUCCACUACAUCUCUCCAAAUAUAUAUUGUUGUGGAGCAGGAACAGCAGCAGACACAGAGAAAACCACAGAUCUCCUGUCAUCCAACCUCUCCAUCUUCUCACUGAACAGUGGGAGAAACCCUCGUGUUGUCAUGGCUGUAAACAUCCUGCAGGAUAUGCUGUACAGGUAUCAUGGUCAGGUUGGUGCCAAUCUGAUACUGGGAGGAGUGGACUGUACUGGGAACCACCUGUACACUGUGGGUCCAUAUGGGAGUGUAAAUAAGGUUCCUUACUUGGCUAUGGGAUCUGGAGAUCUGGCUGCUUUAGGGAUUUUAGAAGAUGGGUUCAAACAUGAUCUAGAGCUGGAGAAAGCGAAGGAGUUGGUACGAGCUUCUAUUCAUGCAGGCAUCAUGAGUGACCUCGGAUCAGGCAACAACAUCGACAUCUGUGUGAUCACCAGACAAGGAGUGGACUACAUCAGACCCUACCAGGAGUCAGAGUANGAGAUAUCAAAAAAGUACUCCAGAGAUGGAGUCGUCCUGGGGGCCGACACAAGAGCCACAUCCAGUGAAGUGGUGGCCGACAAGAUGUGUGCAAAGAUCCACUACAUCUCUCCAAAUAUAUACUGCUGUGGAGCAGGAACAGCAGCAGACACAGAGAAAACCACAGAUCUCCUGUCAUCCAACCUCUCCAUCUUCUCACUGAACAGUGGGAGAAACCCUCGUGUUGUCAUGGCUGUAAACAUCCUGCAGGAUAUGCUGUACAGGUAUCAUGGUCAGGUUGGUGCCAAUCUGAUACUGGGAGGAGUGGACUGUACUGGGAACCACCUGUACACUGUGGGUCCAUAUGGGAGUGUAAAUAAGGUUCCUUACUUGGCUAUGGGAUCUGGAGAUCUGGCUGCUUUAGGGAUUUUAGAAGAUGGGUUCAAACAUGAUCUAGAGCUGGAGAAAGCGAAGGAGUUGGUACGAGCUUCUAUUCAUGCAGGCAUCAUGAGUGACCUCGGAUCAGGCAACAACAUCGACAUCUGUGUGAUCACCAGACAAGGAGUGGACUACAUCAGACCCUACCAGGAGUCAGAGUAUAAGGAUAACAGGUGCGUAUAA